AUGGAGCUUUCAAGAUGCCUAGCCAAACAUGGCAUCAAGGUCACAUUUGUAAAUACAGAGCAUAUUCACAUGCAAAUGCAAAAUGCAUUGGCAAUGGAGGAUGAUGACAUUGGGAGUAAAGUUCAUCUAGUAUUUAUUACUGAUGGGCUAGAAUCAUUGGAAGAUAGGAAAAAACCAGGGAAGCUUUCUGAAGUAAUCAUGCAGGUUAUGCCCCGAACAUUCGUGGAGCUUGUUGAACGGAUUGUUGGAUCAAAUGGGGAUACAAUAUCUUGUGUAAUUGCUGAUCAGAGUCUUGGAUGGGCCCUGGAAAUAGCAGAGAAAAAGGCGCUCAAGCGAGCUGCUUUCUGCCGAGGAGCGGCUGCACUUUUGGUACUUGGAUUCAGCAUUCCAAAGCUGAUUGAUGAAGGAAUUAUUGGCAAUGAUGGAACUCCCACAAAGGAACAAGCAAUUAAGUUAUUAUCACCAGAUAUGCCUGGCAUGAACACGGCAAACUUGAUGUGGGCAUGCCUCGGCAGCAAGGCUUUGCAGAAAAAUGUGUUUGAACUUAUGGUCCACUUUUGGCAAGCAACCAUCUCAAAGACUCUGCAGGAAACUUGUGGCAAGGAGACUCUUGUUUAA